CAUCCUUCGUCUUUCUGCAAUAACCCACGUACAGGACAUCGUCGAUAACCAUCGUUUGGUAUCCUUUACCAGUUCAGAAAUUCGAGGUGUCGCACGCUGCUUCUCAACUUGCAAACAAACCGAGUCGGAAAACCGCCGCGCUCGUCCUUUUUCUUGGCUCGAGACGUUAAGAUAAAUAGAUAAAGCUGAUCAAAGAAGAGUUUCGAAUCACCGUAAUUCCGAUCGCAUCUCGGUCAAGAUCUGGAGUGAGAUCGUUCCAUCGCAGGAAAGCUUGCUUCGAUCCAAGCAAAGAAACGAUCGAUUCGCAAAAGGUGCACUCACGGAUGCUGUAGUUUUACUCGAGAACCGCGAGACCAUUCGGCGAACGAAGAAGCAAAAUACAAAUACAAAUGGGCAACGGAGUGAUUCCAUUGAUGUUAGUGGCGAUGGUGCCCAUAAUCGGUGGUACUAUCGGCCAGCGUGCUCUCAGCAAGAGGAACGCGCCAACGAAUCUCGAUUAUCCCGACUAUUCGACCAAGUACGACGAGUAUCCGGUGGUAGUGCCAAAGAGGGCGGCUCUUUUGUUCGAUCAAUUGAUGGUCGCGUUGCAAAAAGUGGUGGACAACCAGAACAGAGGAGAACUCGGAGGCAGAACGUUGCCGAGGUCAUCGGGGCCUCACUUGCCGGUGGGAAAUUCGCAAAACAUUCCUGCAACGGACGAGCAAACGGUGAAGAUGGACCUUCAACGGCGCGGACAGGCAAAAGGACGGGUUUACUGGCGUUGUUACUUCAACGCUGUAACAUGCUUCAAGAGAAAGUGAUAAUGAACCAACGUAACCAGUCUACACCGCGACUUCGAAACCCGAUUCGACCACGAGAUUCCUCGCAUGCUUUUCCCGAUCAAAAGAGAAACAAAUAAAACACAAACUCAGGUCAAACUAUACCCUAAGUCAAAAAAUGAUUCUGUCUUUUCUUAUGAAUCGGACUUACCACUUGUCAGCCUGCGAAUUAUCGAAUCUAUUUGUCUACCUCUUCGAUGCUGUUCCUUUCUCUUAUCCGUUAUUAAUCACAGUGAAAGCAACAGUUGUAUUAAACAGUGUGUCAGCUUAUAUAUAUCAUUCUGGUUUAUAAAGCGUUCGACAUACAAGUAUCGAUUAAACGUAUCUACUUAAAGUGCAUCAAA